AUGCCACGAAAAAAGGCAAAAGUAGACACAAUUGAAGAGAUUGAGACAAACAUUAAAUUGCUUUGUGAUCAAUCCAACAAUCAUAUGAAAGUACGUGAAUACUAUAAGGCGUUGACGGGCUAUAAUCAGGCUCUGGAGCUGAACAAUACGGACAUCAAUGCUUUAAUCUCGCGCAGCAAAUGUUAUUUGCUGCUAGGCGAGUCGUCCAAGGCUUUGCAAGAUGCAGAAACUGCCUUGGGCGAAGAUAAAAACAAUAUACGUGCCAUCUACCAAAAGGCCGAGUCGCUUUAUUAUCUGGGACAGUUUGAGCAGAGUCUUAUGUUCUUUCAUCGUGGACUGCGCGCACGUCCGGAGCUGGCUUUGUUUCGUUUGGGCGUGCAGAAGACACAGGAGGCCAUUGAGAAUACUAUAGGCACCAAAACACGUGCAGGUCAAACGCUGCCACCCACUAAAGCCAGCAAAGCGCGCAAGUCCGGAGAUAAUACGCCCAAGUCACAGCUGAACAGCUCCAGGCCGCAGACAGUGCGUCAGAAGCCCACAAAAGCGGAUUUGGAACGACGUAAUGCGCGUAAGCUGCUGGGUGAGCUGUGCGUGGAUAAGGAGUACUUGGAGAAGCUGCUGCAGCAUCCGGAUCUAGUGCGUGCCGAUACCAAUACUGAGAAUAUAUCCGCGCUGGCCAAGGAGGCAGUGUCCUUUUUGAAUAAACGUCAGGAGUUUUGGCGACAGCAGCGUCCGUGCACAGCUUUGCCCAAUCACAAGAAUCUCCCCAAUGAUGCGCUGCCCAAGUGGUUCUAAAAAUAUUAUUAACAAGUCUUGUGCGUUGAGUUUUUGUUUUGAUUAAGUCAAACCCAACUGUUAUUCAUUAUAGUAUAU